GCCUGCAGUUGGGCCUCGGUCUUGGUCCGGACUUAUAAGACAUCCUACGCACGCCUUAUCUCAACUAUACCAAAAACGUAUUGUGCAACAUCAGUUGUAUCAGCCACAUCAGCAACCGCAACAAUGACGCUCACAGUUCUCACCGACGACCAGAUCCGGUCCCUGCUCGAGAACCUAACCCCCGAUGAAUUGGAGGGCUUCCGCAACGCCCUCAUCUCGGCCCUGCACGAGCACUCGGUCGGCGCACAGGAUGGGUCCGCAAUCCACCAGCCCGAGCGCAUUUCUGUCAAUAACACGGAAACGGGUUGUACCACCCUGUUCAUGCCCUCGAGCAAUUCCACCGGUAACGCCGUCAAGGUAAUAACCCUCACCUCCGCCACCAACCAACCCCCCACCACAACCACAACCACAACCACAACCACCACCAGCACCCCCACCCCUGCUGCCAAACCCAAACCCACCAUCCGCCCCACCGGCGCCAUAACCCUCCUCUCCCCAACCGGAACGCCCCUCGGCCUCCUGCACGCCGCAGCGCUCACCGCCUUCCGCACCGCCCUCGGCUCACUGUCCAUGAUACGCCAGCGCACCGCGCCCCUCGCGCGCAUUGUAGUCUUCGGCUGCGGCGAGCAGGCCUACUGGCACGCGCGGCUGGCGCUGCUGGCGCGCGGGCGCGAGGUGAGGGAAGUGGUGUUUGUGAACCGGAGGGUUAGUGAGGCGAGUGCGGAGGUGUUGAGAAGGUUUGGGGAUGGGGAUGGGGAUGGGGAGGGUGUGGCGGAGGGGGUGAAGAGGAGGGAGGGGUGGGAGGGGUGUCGGUUUGAGGUUUUGGUUAGAGGGGAGGGGGGGCGGGAUGGUGAGGGGGGGAGGUUGCGGGAGGUUUUGAGGGGGGCGGAUGUUGUGUUUUGUUGUACGCCGUCGAUGGAGCCGUUGUUUGAGGAGGGGCUGUUUGAGGGGGUGGGGAAGGGGCGGUUGGUGGUCGCGAUUGGGAGCUAUACCCCCGAGAUGAGGGAGAUUCCGGCUGGGUUGGUGAGGCAGGCGCUCACGGUCGGGGAGAGGGAGGCGGGUGUCGUGGUCGUGGACACGAUCGAGGGCGCGUUGACGGAAGCGGGGGAGUUGAUUGAGGUCGGGGUCAAGCCGGAGCAGAUGGUCGAGCUUGGGGAGCUGGCCGCACUCGAAGGAGACCACACGACGGACACAAAGAGGCGCAACCUGGUGCAGUGGCUCCAGACGGGCAACGUCAUUUACAAGAGCGUCGGAAUAGGGCUGAUGGACCUGUCCGUCGGCAUGCACCUGAUCGAGUAUGCAAAGGAGAAGGGGGUCGGGACCCAUGUUCAGGGGUUCUAGCCUCCGGGUGUUGCUAGUUUAUGAAGACACCUGUUAUUACUCCCCUCUUCGUUAGAUAACACCUACCGUUUUGUAGCAAUAUAAAGUAUAUGACGGCGUUCAGCUGUGUGGG